UUAAAUCUACCUAACUCAUUUCCAUCGUCUUCGUCUAACCUUGUUGGUUCUUCCCCCAAAGAGAGAGAGAGAUUUUUGAGAUAUUCGAUCGUGAAGAUGAGUUUUCAAGAUCUUGAAGCUGGUUCUCGAUUUCAAGCGCCGAAUCAUUUUGCCGGCGGGAGGCAACAGAGACCUUCGUCUAGUGGGAAUCCAUCUCAGGAGGUCGCAGCUGGGAUUUUUAGGGUCAGCACGGCUGUUGGUUCUUUCGGUCGUCUCGUUAAUCACAUCGGAACGCCUAAAGAUACUUUUGAAUUGCGUGAGAAGCUGCAAAAGACAAGGUUACAGAUAACAGACUUGGUGAAAAAUACAUCAUCUAAACUGAAAGAAGCCAGUGAAGCCGACCUUCAUGGAGCAGCUAGUCCAAUUAAGAAGAUUGCUGAUGCUAAACUGGCAAAAGAUUUCCAAUUUGUUCUUAAAGAAUAUCAGAAAGCUCAGAGACUUGCAGCUGAAAGAGAAAUAACAUAUACUCCUGUGGUUACAAAAGAAAUACCUACCAGCUAUAAUGCACAGGAACUCGAUACUGAAUUUUUGAGAACCUCAGAGCAGCAAACUCUUCUUCAACAAUCAAGAAGGCAAGAAGUGGUGUUUUUAGAUAAUGAGAUAACAUUCAAUGAAGCAAUUAUUGAGGAAAGAGAGCAAGGAAUUAGAGAAAUUCAAGAACAGAUUGGUGAAGUAAAUGAGAUAUUCAAAGAUCUUGCUGUUUUAGUGAACGAUCAAGGAAUUAUAAUCGAUGACGUCAGCUCUUACAUUGAUAACUCACAUGCUGCAACUACACAAGCAACUGCUCAACUCAGACAAGCAGCAAAAACUCAAAGAUCAAACUCAUCUUUGACAUGCCUACUUAUUCUCAUUUUUGGGAUUGUGCUACUCAUAGUGGUUAUCGUCGUCUUGGUCUAACCAUCAACUAUCAAACUACAAGCUUCAAUCUUCAAGCAUCAAGUAAAGACUUAUUGAUGAAACUAUACAAAGACCAGAAAAGAAAUAUAUCUAUUGUACAGAUUCUUUAUAAUUGAUCGUAACUUCUCAUCGUGUGCAUGUUUAUGUAUUAAUCCACCGUAAGGAUCUUUAUGAGUAAAAGUUAUUAACAUGUAUGUUUAAUAAGCA